GUCACCAACGCGUUGCAGACAAAAGCGAGGAAGAGAGACUCAGAGUUACAACUCGGAAAGACGAGCAAAGGAAAGAUGAAGAGGUGGUUCGAUCCAUGGCCCGUUUUCUUCAAGCGAGAAUGGAACCGCAACUGGCCUUUCUUGGUCGGAUUCGCCAUCACCGGAACCAUCAUCACCAAGCACUCUCUCAGCCUCACUGAGGCACAGGCCAAGGAGUCGAAAUUCGUUCAGAGGCAUAACAGGUGAAUUGCAUGAUACCUGAAUACCAAUGUAGUUGUGCCUACCAUUCUGGAAGACUUGCUUGCAGUUGCUUUUUUGAGCUACAAUAACAACAGAGAGCUGUUCUAGAUACUCUGCUUUCUUUUAACGUCAUUCAAUGUUGUCUUGAACAUGUAAGACCUUUAUGAUUGCAAAAUUUGCCUAUCUUAAUCAAGGGUUCAAUCCUUGACAGACAAAAGAUAACAAAAUGAAUUGGGCAAAUUGCCAUGAUUCAUUGUUUUUUCUUUUUUAAUCACUGGUACCUCUUGGAAAAUUUUCUUAAGGUCUAUUGGGUUUAAGAUGCAGUUGAACAAUGUAGUUGUGAUUCGGAUUUGGUAAUUAGGUUUACAAGUCUUUAACGGAUAAAGGUAGAUUUGUAGAAGUAAUACAGGGUGAGAAUGGUU